AUGGGGAAGAAGAUGAACUGCUACAACAGUUUGACCUCCGGUGACGGAAAGUUAGAGGAUAAGAAACGUUGGAGGCAGAGCACUGCAGAAAGCGGCGUGUUCACACAGAGCCCCGGCUCCUUCGCCUCCGUCCUGACGUUCACUUUCGGAGACCUGCGCCGCUCUACGGCGGCCAAUGCGUCCGGCUUUAACGUCCCCUGGAAGAGGGAGGAUUACUGUCCCACAGACCCCUCCAACCUAGCAUUAGUCAAAAUGGCGAGCAAUAUUGGAGCCAUACAGGGCAAGCCCGUGAUCAGACUGAAGCUGGGGAAGCUAAAGGUGGUGCGGCGGCAGCUGCUGCAGAGGUAUGAACACCAGCCCUUUGUCUCCUGUCUGGCUGGUCUCUAUGGUUGCCAAUGGAGACGAUACCAAAGAGCCCGUGCACAACCGGGAGAGUGCUGCUGCAGCAAGGUGGAAUGUGGCAGUUUUGGCCUCCUGAUCCUAACCUUCUUUCUGAGCUUCGUUUUCCUCUAUUUCUGGACUGAAGCUCAGAACGACUACAAUGACUUUGACUGGUUCAACUUUGGGACUCUUGGGUUCUGGUUCCCCUGGUCUCUGGUCCUGCUGACUGUUGCAGCUGCUCUCUUUGCAUACAUUGCCCUAUUACUGGUCCUGGCUGUGUGUCUGCUGUCUGAAGGUCAAAGGUUGUACUUACACUGGAGCCACAAGACUGGCCUUGUGGUGACACUCUUGUUCUCCGUCGCAGCCACUGCCGUCCUCUCUGACCUCUGGAGCAAAGAGUGGAAGACUCUCCUUCUCUCACUGCAGGUCACAGCACCUUUCCUUCACCUGGGUGCCGUCUCCAUCAUGGCAGUCCUCUCAUGGCCCAUUGCGCUGCACUUCUUCAGAAUGAACAAGAAAGUGCGUCAAAUUGCAGUCCUGGGUCUCUUCCUGUCCGCCCUGUUCUCUCUGUACCUGGUGCCUCUGGGAAUGUACUCCCCCUGCAUUAAAGAGGCAGGAACACUGGGACCUGCCCCCACUCUCAUUGGACAUAGAGGAGCUCCCAUGCUUGCUCCGGAGAAUACUAUCAUGUCGUUUGAAAAGGCAGUGGAAGCUAGAGGACGAGGACUGGAGACUGAUGUCACCAUUAGUUAUGACGGUGUUCCAUUCCUGAUGCAUGACUCAACGUUGAGGAGGACCACUAAUGUUGAGGACGUUUUUCCAAAUCGAACUCACCUGGACGCCUCCAUGUUUACAUGGACCGAGUUACAACAGCUGAAUGCUGGCGGCUGGUUCUUAUCGAGGGAUCCCUUUGGCACGGCAUCGUCGCUGUCUGACGAAGAUCGCUUGCAGGCACAAAACCAGUCGGUGCCCUCACUGGCCCAAUUCCUGGAGGUGGCUGCCAAAAGCAGCAGACUAGUGCUGUUUGAUCUGCGCAGGCCACCAUACGGACACCCCUACAGACAGUCGUACAUCAACACCACUCUGGAGGUCGUGCAAGCCCACAUCAAUUCCUCCCAGGUGUUGUGGCUGCCGUCAGAAGACAGGAAGCUGGUCCAUGCUGUCGACCCAGAGCUGCAGCAAACCUCAGGAGAGAAAGCCUCCAUCCAGGAACUGACAGAUGAGCACAUCGUCAGACUGAACCUGCACUACAGCAGCAUGUCACAGCAGCAGAUACGCAAAUAUCUGUCAGUGAACAUCAGCACCAACCUGUAUGUGAUCAGCCAGCCGUGGCUCUACACCCUGGCCUGGUGCGCUGGAGCUCAGUCUGUCACCACCAACUCCAUCCACAUCCUGUCCCGGAUGAGCAAGCCCCUCUUCCUGAUGACGCCAGAAGAGUACGGUCUGAUGUGGAUCCUCACGGAUGUGGUGUCCGCCGUCCUCAUCUUUGCAAUUUUCGUAUUCCACUGGUGGAGAGAAAGAGGCCUGCCCUUCUGGUCCGGCAGCCGCCAGACCCACGAGAACGGACCGUACAGCAAGUUCAGGACAGAGAUGAGUGACGUGUGGUCCAUUUCCAGUGUGAACGUUCGGCCUGACCUAAGGAGCACCCCCGGCUCCCCCAGCGUGCCUCACCUGCCCACCAUCUCAGAGGAGUAACUCGGAUGAGGAAGAGAAUGAGAGGCAAGAAAGAAACCCGCAAAGAACGGAGAAAGAACUUGUUUAUAGUGUUUGCUGAGCCAACAUACGUGCUAGUCUAGUUAGUUUUUCAACCCUAAUUAUCAUCUAGAAAGAGUUGAACUCCCAGACCUCAACCUGGUUUGCUUCAGGUUGGCUGUAAGAUUAGCAAACACAACACUUUUUGAGGGCAAAGUGAUCAGAAACAUCAGAGAAAGGGGUUUUGGUAAGCUUUCCUCCCAAAUGUCUGCUUACAUGCUCUCUCUGUACUCCGACUGGCCCAGUGUUCUUCAGCAAAUAAAGACUCUGGGAUAGAGCUCCUUAGCUCCUCCGUCCACUCCACCGCUUUCAUAUUACAGGUGGCAUCAAACGCCUGGAAGGUGGACCCACUAAACCUGAGACCGACGCAUCCAAGAACACGCUGGUAUCUAAAACGUUGGAACUCCACUAGAUGAGCUGAGAGAAAGUUCACCCCAAAAAGGAAGGAAAAAUACAUUCUGCUGUAAAAAGACAAAAGCUGCUUUCUUUGUUGCCGUCUCUUAUGCCUAGAUAUUGAAAACCAAACCUCGGAGAGGAGAAGCUCUUGUCAUCAGAACUAUGAAUGCAAACAUCGUGGGCAGAUAUUUUCCGCAUAAGCUGUAGUUUUUCAUUGUUUGCUGUUUGAGAAAACUUUAUACAGCGUCUGAAGAAGACAUAUUGUGCAUAAUUUCUAUAUAUUAAAAACCCAUCUGUGAUGAGGUAAGGAAGGAUGUGACCAUCUAUCUGCAAAUCUGAUGCUACGUUCACACCUGGUAUUUGACACAGAAUGUCGAUACUAGCAUAUGUACCGAUAGUUGGAAGAGGCUUGGUGCGAAACGUCGAUUGGCACUUCCGUGUUAUGUAACGUAUGCUACCCAUACCUCACUACCCAAUCCAAACCCUGAUUGGUCAACGCUCGACCUGACUUAACUUUCAACGUGCGUUUCGUGGACGUGCGUUUUGUUCGUAGAGCCCGAAAACGGACUGAGAAACUUGCGUCACGGCACAGGAACGCAAGAGUUUUGAACACAGAAGCCAGAAACAUUUGUACACAUUCGUUCUCAUAGACUUUUCAUUAAAAGUGGCUGCUUGAACGCGUGUUGCAGAGGUCGGUGUGAACGCAUGUGUGAAAUGUCCAAAACCAUUGAAAAUAAUGACACAGCUCUUGAGAAUGCUACACAUAAACAUUCUAAAAUGGUUUUCCAGGAACUCCCUGUCAGAUUUUUAGUUUAAUCAUUUCCUGGAACUCCCAUAAAAGUGUAUGAUUGCUGUCAGUAUGUCACUGUACUCCUAAGGCGUGGCGAGCAGGUGGACUCUGACUACUGAUAAACCAGGACGUUUCCGUGCUAAAUGUAUGGAGAGCAGUUGGGAUAAAUGCCAACUUGCAGCUGCAGGGUGACUGAUGCCAAACAGCAAAACAUGGUAGUAGUUGGGUAAUUAUCGCACCAUUUCCUCUUGAUCCAGGAAGCAGCAGAGUUGUUAAGUUGUUGGGUUUUUUUUUUCGCUGUUCCUUGUUUAUUAACAAAAAUAUAAUCAAGAUUUUUUUUAAAUUAAUUUGUAUAUUUUCUAUUACAAAUAGAACGACAGACGAGUAAAGAUGAAGGAGUGUUUUUAACCACAGCAAUAAGAGGAGUGAACUCGCUAUUUCUGUUUCCAAACUGUUUUUCAUCAAUUUAUCUUUACGGCAUGUUGAAAAUCUGCCUACUGUUUUCAAACUAUGUCCUGUUAGCAAUUUUAUAAAAAAAUAAUACCCAGAAACAGCUGAUCUCAAGGCCGGACUGAGAUGCAGCACAAAGAAAAUCCAACUCCAAACCGUUUUUAAAAGCGAUCCUGAUUACCUGUGAAUUCUGCAGAGCUGCUGGGUCCCAUAAAGCCCCACAGAGCUGGAGGCGAGCUCAGUAGGUCUCCUUUAAGCUUCACUCUGUGUGGGAGUUAUUUGACGUGUUC